AUGGCAUUGGCAAUUCCAAAAGGCAGUAAGGGUAAAACUGAAUCUAUUAAUAUCUCAUAUCAUCUUCUUCAAUCUCUUAAACAACAACAAUUAUUAAAAAUGAAACAUUCUUCUCGUUUGCCUGAUAAACUUGUUCUCGAGUGUUUGGCUCGUCUUCCCAACAAAUCCAGAUACAAAGCAUCUCUAGUAUGCAGUAAAUGGCUGGAGCUUCUUGAAAGCCGUGAUUUUUACUUGCUCAGAAAACAGCUUGGACAUAUCAAUCACCUUGCUUGCUUGCUCCAAUCCAAACCUCCAUCAUGCUUUUCUGAUUUAUCCUUGCCGGAAAAUCUCAUUUUCAGAUCUUUGUCACAUCCCACUCCAAGUCAGAUCAAUGUUUUUAACCCUGUGAGUCGCGUGUGUAAGAUACUCCCCCCUCUUCCUCAUCCCAUUGAUGAUGAUUUCGAGAUUGUUAGCUCCCAAGGGAAACUCAUCUUGAUGAAAUAUGCUGUCCAUUGGAAGUGUCAACUCGGGAAUCCAUUGUAUGUGUUUGAGUUUGCAACUGGGCGCUGGUGGCAAGGAAAGAGCCUGCCGAUAUGUAGGUUACAUUUUACCAUCGCUGCUUCUGAUGACUGUCGGGUAUUUGUUGCCGGUGGCACUAGUGGUACAUUUCCACAUUUUCGUGGCUCACAUUCUGCAUGGAUGUAUGAUGUGCGGAAAGAUGAGUGGUCUGAGCUGCCUCCGACAACAUGUAGUGUUGGCGUCAGCCAUGGUCGUUUAAUUGGGAACCAGUUUAUGGUUGCAACUCUUGACCUUGCUUAUUGCAAGAAGAGAAUUGAGAUGUACAAUUUUGAAUUACAAGAAUGGAAACAGGUUGAAUCUGAACAGUUAUGUUUGUACUCUCGCCCCUAUGAAUUUUACUUUGGGUUUAAAGCAGAUGAUCAGGUUUUAUCACGUUGUUCAAGCAAUGACUGGAGAGGAAGAUUUAAAGUUUGUAAACUACCAUUGGGUGAUCGUAGUUUAAUUAUUACUUAUAAGAAAGAAGAUGAUAUAAUAUCUGGUAUUACAUCACUUAGUAUACAAGAGGAAGAUAAGUUUGAUAAAAUUGAGGUGCCUCAUCAGAUUUUUGGUGAUGUUCAUUCAAUGUGUUGUGUAGAGGUGCCUUGA